UUCUCUAUUCUCAGGCACUUGCAGACACUCUGUCGGUUCUUCGUUUCUCUUUCUCAGGGUAGACCUUCUCUUUCAGCCUCACACUCUGUCCCUCACAUUCACGUCAACUGCUCGUCUAUCUGCUUGCACUCUCCCGCUUGCGGCUCCCCACGGCUGAUGUUUCAGAGGACGCGUGUCCAUCUUCGUCUCUGCCAGUCAGCACGGGGAGCUGGCAACGAAUUCUAAAAACAAUGGCAGCUGCGGGAAGGAAGCAGACAAGCAAGACGAGCAAGGGGGCCCAACAAGAAGUGACCGACGUUCCUGUGUACCGGUUCAAUGAAGAUAAGACUACGGGUCUUAGCGGAUCGGAGGAUGAUAUUUGGGAGGAGGAAACGCCAGUAGUAGAGAAACACGGAAAGAAAAGACCAGUGAUAAUGCCAAUUCAUGAUGUUCAUGACGACGAGGAAGUUAAUAUGGGGGGUGAAGUGCACAAUAUGCUUGAGAAGUUUGGAGCUGACAUUAGCAAGGCUAUGCAAGCAAAGAGGAAACGUCUAGAGAUGUACACCAAGACCUCUCUAAAAAACAGCAAUCAAAAGCUUGAGAAGAUGUGGAAAACACAGCAAAACCAAAGACAAAAACUUACCGAAGACUACUCCCAGCAGUUCUUUUCAGUUUUGCAACAAUGGGAAGUUGAUGUCCAAAAAUCAGAGGAACAGGAAGAAAAGAUGACUAAUUUGUUUCGACAGCAGCAAAAAGUCUUUCAACAGGCUCGGAUAGUUCAGAACCAGAAGCUGAAAACCAUUAAGCAGAUGUACGAGCAGUUUCUAAAGAAUAUGGAAGAUAUGGAAAAGAAUCAGGAAACUUUUCUGAUGGGAGCACAGUCAGAACUUCGAAAGGAAAUGGCUAUGUUGCAAAAUAAAAUCAUGAUGGACACACAACAGCAAGAAAUGGCAACAGUUCGCAAAUCUCUUCAGUCAAUGUUAUUCUGAGAUGUUUACAGCAAUUUAAACUUCAAAUGUUUAUUGUAUUUAAACUUUCUUUUAUUGUUAAUACAAUUUGACACUGUAGCGUUAGUUGCCAAUAGAUUGUGUUUCAUAUAAAAAAAAAAUGUAUUAAAAAUAUCUAUAUAUUCAUUUAUUUAAAACUUAGCAAUGUCAAGUUUAAACAUGAAAUAUAUAUUAUAUCAGUAUAUGUUUAAAUGUACCUAGACAAGUAUAACACAUUUAAAUGUUAGUAUUACUAUGUCUUUUACCUGUGAAUGUAAAUUUGCUGUAAUGAAAAUCCUAGGAUAAAAACAUUUUAUUGUAUAAGGUCUUUCACAGUGU